AUGAGAACCGCAGCGGAGGUCAUCAAGAAGCCCUGGACAGAAUCACCACCACGCCGAGCGUGGACGUCGUGCAUCCACGAGCGCAUUGACUACAUCUUCAUCAGCAACAACUACUGGAUUGACGACGAGCGGCCCUGCUUGACAUAUGCAAUGCGAGGGCACAUUCGCAUGGUUGUUUCCGUCCAGGGUCCAAAACAAAACGUGCACGCGGGUGUAGACGGUGGCGCCGUUGUUGAGCCGACAAUUGACCUGUGCUACAUUCUCGGAACACUCGUGGACGGGGCAGGCCGGGUCUGCGUUCCCGGAUUCUACGAAGACGUGCGCGCUUCGAGUGAGGACGACGACGCGGCAUUCGACCGCAUUGCCUUUGACACCACGCAAUACCGGCACGAGCUUGGCGUGCAGCGGCUGGCACAGGCGGCCGAACGCAACGCGCUGCGUGCUCGCUGGGCAGAGCCCACACUCUCCAUCACGAACGUGCAGACCAGCAACGGUGACCAAGCGUUCUCAGUCAUUCCACACAAGGCCACUGCCCAGGUGAGCAUUCGCUUUGUUCCCGAUCAAAAGGCAGAUGAGAUUGUCACGGUUGUGCGUCACCACCUCGAACACGAAUUCAACAAGAGGAACUCCGGCAACCAGCUCUCUGUGGAGGUGGUGCAGGUGAGCCAGUGGUGGCGCAGCGAAACAUCCAGCCCGUACUUUGGGGCAGCGCGAGCGGCAACAAAAGAGGUGUGGGGCUGUGAGCCGCUGCUUGUGUGCGAGGGUGGCACCAUGCACACCACGUGCAUGCUGGUCGACCACUUUGAGGCGCCCGCCCUGCACCUGCCGAUGGGUCAGAGCUCAGACGGCGCGCAUCUCCCCAACGAGCGAAUCCGCAUCCAAAACCUGGUCAACGGCCAGGCGGUGGUGUACUCGUUCCUGGAGCACCUGAGCAAGGAAGGAACGACAGAGGAGGGAGAUGAAGGCGACAGAGACGAACUCGUAGCUUAGGCGUGGGCGGGAAGGAAAGGCAUAGAGUUGGUGGGACAGUGGGCGGUCGUUGUAUGAGCACUUGCUUUGCAUAGAAAUCGAGGCCAUCGAUGUCAGAAGAAGCGAGAUUAAACGAGUCGUUGAUCGUCACCAACUCAGUUUUGCAGAUGUGAGAAGCCC